GCGUAGUGAUCGCCCGCAGUCUCACUUUGGCUUUUGCUCUCGAGCACCAUGGCGUCGCCCGUGCAAGCGAUCUCGCACCGCCUCGACAGCCUCCCGCUGACCGGCUUCCUCGGCGUCUCGAGCUACUACUGGGGCCUCCUCCUCAAGUCGGGGAUUGGCUGGGCGAUGGACUCGAUGGACACUUUCCUCUUCACGUACCUCGGCUCGAAAGGCUGGAAGACUGACGUGCGCAACAGCGACGGCUCCAAGCUCAACGCGCACGAGCUCGGCCUCCUCGGCUCGGCGGUCUUUGCCGGCUCGCUCGUCGGUGGCAUCUUCUUUGGCCAGUUGGCCGACACGUAUGGUCGCAAGCCCAUCUUCAUGGCGACCUUGCUUCUCUUCAUGCUCGCGACGCUUGUCUGCGGCGCCGCCGACGUCUACGGUGUCUUGCUCGCCUUCCGCUUCAUCGCUGGUAUCGGCAUGGGCGGCGAGCUCCCGGUCGCUGCGACGCUCGUCCAAGAACUCGCGCCGGCGCCAGUCCGCGGCCGCAUCAUCGUGCUCCUCGAAUCAUUUUGGUCGAUCGGCGCCAUGAUCGCUGUCCUCCUCGCGUUUGAGCUCACCAAGCACGUCUCGUGGCGCGUCGUCUUUUACUUGUCGGCGAUCCCGGCGCUGUACGCGGUCGCGAUCCGGUACCUCAUCCCCGAGUCGCCCAAGUGGCUCGCGAGCGUCGGCCGCAUGGACGAGGCCGAGGCGAUCGUCGCCAAGAUCGAGCGCGCCCACGGUGUGACGUACGACAAGGACACGCUCAAGCCGACUGUGCUGACGCCCGGCAUGGACACGUACAACUGCAGCAGUCUCAAGCCGUACGAGCGCGUCGCGCUCAUGUUUCGCGGCGAGUUCCUCGCGCGCACGCUCGUGCUCUGGACGGUCUGGUGCUGCCUCGCGUUCUCGUACUACGCCGUGUACAUUUGGCUGCCCGACCUCCGCGGCAAGGAGAAGGGCGGAUACAACCUCAACAACUCGACGGGCUCGAUGUUCUUCAUCAUCUUCUGGCAGCUCCCGGGCUACCUCUCGGCCGCGUACCUCGUCGAGGUGUUUGGCCGCAAGGUGACACUCGCCGCCUACCUUGUCGGGUCAAUUGUCUCGGCGCUCGCGUUUGGCUACGUGGAGAAUACGCAGACAAACCUCAUGAUCACGGGCGCCUUCAUGUCGUGGUUCAUGCUCGGCGCGUGGGGGGCCCUCUACGCGUACACGCCCGAGAACUACCCGACGCCGAUCCGCGCCAUGGGGGCGGCGUAUCCCUCGGCGUUUAGCCGCAUUGGCGCCACCGCCGGACCGUACGUGGUGCCGAUCAUGAUCGAGAAUGGCUGCAGCAGCAAGACCAUCAUGUGGGUCUGCGCCGGGGUCCUUGUGUUUGCCGUCCUCGUCUUGGUCGCCUUUGGCUUCGAGUCGCGCGGCAAGAACGUCGAGUCGGCACCCCGUGUCGAAGCCUACCUCGCGACACGCCUCGGGCAGAACGAGCCAUUGGUCGAGACACCCGUGCGCAACGACGAAGCCUAGUGCGAUAAUCCAAUUCUUUUGAUCGAUCUACUUGUGUAUACAUAAGCGAGUGACUCCGACGAUAGCUCGGC